AUGAAGUCUAGUAUUAUUUCUACAUUUAUCUUUGCCAUUCUCUACGCCAGCACCGCAGGCGCCAUUCCACCCGGUACAUCUAAUCCAGAUUAUAGUGGUGGUGGUGGUGGUGGUGGCAGCACUGGGGCCGGAGUUGGGACCGGUGCAGGAGUUCCAAGUACAGGCGGUAGAAGAGUCAGCGCAAGCGGCCUUCGUAUCGAAGGGAGUGGCAACACGCAGGGCAAAACACGCCAGGAGGAAAGAUAUGUCGAAGGUAUAUGCACCACGCACGGCAUGUGUGGCACAUGUCAGGCCAUGGAUGCCAAUGGGAAUGACUGGACGGCUCCUUGUAAUGCGAUGAAUCCGUGUGCUAACAUAGGGAGCCGUUUGUGCAAUAUUGAUACUUUGCGGCUUACUGCGGUGUGUGCGUGA